UUCCGUCACUCGGGUGAUGCGACGCUUAGGUUGACAGACAACUGGUUCGGCUACGCUCGGGCGCGCCUACCGCAACGGGGACCUGUCGCGCGAGGCCUCGACAGAAACGGUGGUGCACCACGAGAAAGUAAGUCAGGACUGAGUGCCACACGACUGCUGUCGCUGCAGAAGCAAGAUAUGUCUCGACCAGCCGGCGGUAAGACCCAGAUUCCCAUGGCGGUCAUGAUAGCCAAUCGGCGUGGUUCCGACUUCCGGCCGCACAGCUCGAGCUGCUCGGGACGGCUCGGAGAGGCCGACAGGCCGAGGAAGGUGCGCUCCAGGAGGUCGGGCAGCCUCUCCGCCAUCGGACAGCAAGGAGGUUCGCCCGGCAGCAUGGGAGAACCACUUCCGGACAUGCGCACUGGAAUCGAGAGCCAGCCUAGCGAGGAGAAAUGCAACGGAAACAUCUACACCAUCAGCCAGCCUUGCUCGAGCGGCCGCAGUUCACCGACCAACAUGAGCUUCCGCAUGCGCAACCUGCAGCCGGACAGCGUCUCCGCCAACCACGUCCGUCCUCCGUCUUCAGAGGAAAGCCUCGAGUCAAACAGGUCCGCUAUCAGACGAAACUUGACGACAAUGUUGAGCCUCAUCUAUGCCAUAUUCAUCGUGACCCUUGGCUGCAUCUUCACAUCAACCUACCACGGUCACUUGUUUUCCAUGAAGGAGUAUGACGAGGUGUACGGAAUCGUGAUGUGCCUUGUGGGCAUCGCGUGGCUGGUUGUGCUGCACGUGGACCUGACGCGCUACAAGCUCCACAUCCUAGCGCGUAUCAAGAAAAAACUGAAGGAGUAUGAGGACCUGGCCGACCGUUUCUCGUUUACUACCGAGUGUGUGAUCAACGAGCAAUACCCAUGGGCCGAGACGAGCAAGGACGAGCCGGACGAAGAGGAGCACCACGUGCUGCCCCACUACCGCUUCCUCAAGGGACGCCACUCGGGGAGCUUCUUCCUCAAGACGGGCAUGGCCGUGUUUUGUUCCGGGCACAUAAUCCACGAAGGCUUAAUGCUUUCAAAACAUGUAAUCGACUGGAAUCGAGACCCUGAGAACUGCCGGGAUAUCAUGAGCAUCCUUCUCCACUCGCUGAGGCCCGUGUAUUCUUUUUACCAGCUGUUCAUCAUAUUCAAGUAUUCGAACAUUGUAAUCAACAGAUUUAAGGAAGUGGCAAGAUUUGGCGUGAUGCACCUAAUAGCGACAUCGCUCCACGCAUGGUUCAGCACUAUCGUUGACGACGCAAUGAGCAGCCACGCUCACCAUCACAGCGACGACCACCACGGCAACGUAUCAAACGCCUCUCAGCCACACCAAACCCCGACCGGCAGUUGCAAGGGACCUUACAGCCCAACGUUCAGCUCGGCGGCCUACCUGUACCCAUGCACCAUCGAGUUCAGCAUCAUAUUGGCCGGAGUGUGGUUCAUCGUGUGGCAGAACAUAGGCAACGUCCACCUGCACUCCAAGUCACACCACCUGGAGCAGAAGAUCGACGGGCCGGAGGGCAACCACGAGAUAACUUACGAGAGCAACGUGGUCAUAAGCGCAGACUGCCAUGCGGCCAACAAGGGCCUCUUCUCCGGCAUUCUCGUCCUCCUAACGUCCAUUAUCACCGUCAUCAUCUUCUUCGUGGUGCUCCAGGGAGAAAACUUCAAGGUAGUUGGCGGAACCAUAUACAACUGCCAGGAAGGCAUCCUCACUGCGUUGGGACUGCUGGCGAGCAUCGUGGCCUACUUCAAAGUGAUUCAGUUGGACCAGAAUGCGCAUCCUGUGACAUUCCUGGACAACUUCUUGCUUUUUAUUCCGCUUCCUUUCUUCUUCAUUCACGCCAUCUUGUGUAUAAUGGCAGAACUUCAUUUAUCGGACACCUUCCGAAUUGUGCUUCGGGUGGUCGCGCUCGUGCAAAUCAUCAUCCAGACACCGGUGCUUGUCGACGGGCUCCGAAGGUGCAGCAACUCGCACGUGCUGCGCUACCGCAAACCGGGUCGGGAGAUCAUCACCUUCCUGCUCAUUCUGAAUGUCACGCAAUGGGUUGUUUUCACGGUGCAGCAAAAGCACAUCGACGACCUGAUUGCUGCCAAGGUAGUCUACGGGGACCUCUGGUCCUUUAUCGGGCACGCUACAAUCCCACUGAUGCUGUUCUAUAGGUUUCAUUCGGCCGUUUGCCUCGCGGACAUUUGGCAGGCGGCUUACCACAAAGGCGAGUGAGAACAGCCCGCGACUAUGGCGCUCGCCAUGCUCUGUGUGGCCGAGGUCUGUAUGCAGCGGUCCUGAGUGAAGCCAGGGUGAAGACUGCACGGGUCAUUUGAUCACAUCUACAAGAUCCUGACGAAUGCCUAAGCAGUUUCAAAUGUACCGUAUUCCACCUAACGUUUCAGCACUACCCAUUUACCAUUGUUGAGAACAAAUUCUUCAGGACUUGCAGUGCGAUACACUUUUGGCUCUUCGACCUGCCUAUCUUCUUUAAUGUAUUAACACCUCGUCAAGCUUCCAAAGAAGUAACAAGUCAUUACAUUGCUCAUUGUGCUGCAAAACAGCGAAUGAAGAAGAACUGAUGACUCUUUGUGUUGUGGCAUUUGGUGCAAUAAAGACAAAUAUUAUUCGAAAGAACAA